UCGAAGAAUCGACAACGUUGGCAAUUUCUAGCCACGAGAAACCAAAACAUGCCGAACUCAAUAUAUUCUCAAGCCUAUCAAGUUCUAAAGCUUUUUUGACAUGUCAUUGUUUCCUCUCGCCUUCUCCUCCUCCCUUCGUCUCUCCUCCUCCCAUCCACCGCGCAACCCGCCAUGGAAGAAACGGCCUAAGGCAAGAAGAACCAGGGCGACGACGGCGCAGGCAGCAGCAGCCGCCGCGGAAUUGAAUUAAAUGGACAAGGUCGACUGCUAUGUCGUCCCGCAGACCUCUGGCACGGGCCGGAACAUCUUCCAGGGCGGCAACCCGCUCUCGUCGUCGCUGCCCCUGCUCGGCGUGCAGCUCGCUCUCAUCGUCGCCUUCACCCGCGUCCUCUACGUCCUCCUCAAGCCGCUCAAGCAGCCCCGCGUCGUGUCCGAGAUCAUGGGCGGCAUUAUCCUAGGCCCGUCGUUGCUGUGCCGCAACGAGGCGUUCAAGCAGCAGGUGUUCCCGGCGAGGGGGGAGCCCGUGCUGAACACGAUCGCCACGUUCGGGCUGAUGUACGUCAUCUUCCUCAUCGGCGUUCGGAUGGACCCGAGGCUGGCCGUCCGGUCGGGCAAGAAGGGCGUGGUGAUCGGCCUGUCCGGCUUCCUCAUCCCGCUGGCCCUGACGGCGUCCUUCUCCUCCGGCGAAGGGCUGGAGGUCGAGGAGGACAUGUCGAAGCGGUCCACCUUCCUCUUCGCGCUGACCGCGUCGCUGUCCGUCACCUCCUUCGCGGUGCUCUCGCCCAUCCUGUCGGAGCUCAACCUCCUCAACUCGGACCUGGGCCGGAUCGCCAUGUCGGCGUCCAUGACCACGGACGGCAUCGCGUGGCUCAUCAUGGUGGGCUACGUGCUCGUCGAGGCCUUCCUCGUGUCCCCGGCAACCUCGCUCUGGGCCUUCCUGUCCGUGGCUGCCCUCGUGGGCUUCAUCCUGCUCGUGGUGCGGCCCAUCGCGUUGCUGGUGAUCGAGCGCACCCCCGCGGGGAGCCCCGUGGACGAGACAUACGUCUUCUUCUUCCUCCUCAUCGUGCUCCUGGUCGGGCUCUACAGCGACUGCAUCGGCACCAACUCGUUCCACGGCGCGCUCAUGCUGGGCCUGGCGAUCCCCGACGGCCCGCCGCUGGGGACGGCCCUCGGGGAGAAGAUCGAGGCCAUGGUGUCCGGGAUCAUCCUGCCGCUCUACUACGCCAUGACCGGCCUCAGCACGGACAUGUGGGAGAUUCACUGGGGCAGGCUGCAGCUCGUCCUGUUCCUCGGAUGGCUCGGCAAGCUGGCUGGGGUCUUGGCGUCGUCGCUGUACCUCGAGAUCCCCCUCCGGGACGCCGUGUCGCUCAGCUUCUUCAUGAACUCCAAGGGCAUCGUCGAGGUCAUCACCUUCACCUUCUUCAUGACCAACAAGCUGAUCGGCAAGCACACUUUCAGCGCGCUGGUGUUCACGUCGGUGUCGAUGACGGCGGUGUCGGUGCCGGUGGCGGCGUUGCUGUACGACCCGGCGCGGCGGUACGCCGUGUACAAGCGGCGCACGGUGCAGCACCUGAAGGCGGACGCGGACCUGCGGAUCCUGGCGUGCGUCCACGACGAGUCCCACGUGCAGGGCACGCUGGCGCUGCUCGAGGCGUCCUACGCCACGCCACAGACGCCCAUCAGCCUCUUCCUCCUCCAGCUCGUCGAGCUCGCGGGCCGCUCCGCGCCCGUGUUCAUACCCCACAAGCCCCGCUCCAGCGCGCCGCAGCAGCCGUCCACGGACUCCGAACGCGUCAUCAACGCCUUCUUCCAGUACGAGCUGCGGCACCCGGAGGGCGCCGUGUCCGUGCACCCGUUCACCACCAUCUCCCCUUACUCCUCCAUGCACGACGAGGUGUGCCGCCUCGCCGUGGACAAGCGCACGUCGCUCAUCGUCCUGCACUACCACAAGCGCCACAUGCUGGCCGGCGGCAUGCGCGCAGCCAUGGGGCUCCGCGUCGUGAACCGCAAGGUGAUGCAGGUGGCGCCGUGUUCCGUGGGCGUGUUCGUCGACCGCAACGCCGGCAGCGUCCAGGAGGAGCUCGUGGGCGACAUGGAGAAGAUCGUCGAGGUGCUCAGGGGCCUCGACAAGGCCGGCUACGACCUCGUCAUCGUCGGCAUGCGGCACAGGUGGUACCCGGUGAUGUCGGCCAACGGGCUGUCGGACUGGAGCGAGUGCCCGGAGCUCGGCGUCAUCGGCGACCUCCUCGCGUCCUCCGACUUCCACACGCCCUAUUCGGUGCUCAUCAUGAAGCAGCAGGACCAGGGCGGGCUGAACGCCGCCGUGCCGGGCGCGCAGGACGUGUGGCAUGGUGACGAUGGCGGCACGGCGCCGCCGCCGGAGCGGACCAUGACAACCGCCGGAUCUAGCAAGUUCCUGCAGUAGGCCGGCGGGGAAGAGCUAUUGUAGCACUGACGUGAUCUCUUGACCUUUGCAUUGUAGACGUUGAUCUGAUCUCUAGUUUCUAGGACUUGAUUCAAAUAGACUUUUUC